GUAAACAUCCUUGGUAUGGCUUUACCGGACCUUUGUGUCGUAAAUUACGAACACGUAAUCACUGAGAUUCGGCACGAGUCGAUACCGCGGCUAGACAAAAACAACGAAGACCAGUGCUGUGCUUCACAACUACCUCCACGGGCGGUGGGGUAUACGCGGUGGGUUUUCCGCGACGACCGCGGUUGGGUGGGGGCGAGAACCACUUGUUGUAUCCGCGUCGUUAUAUAUAUGAAGCUCGUCGGACACUGGUCGAGUACAAGUCGUUAUCGAUACGGCGACGGCGACGACUGCGACGACGGUGACCAUCGAAGAGUUGUAUCCCGACAAUAAUAAUAUCACAAGUCACAGAAAAUAUCAAACCGAUAAAAAUCUCGUCACCGACACGCAGA